AUGGCGAAUGCCCACCGGACCAACGUUCUGGUGACGUCGUGCCUGAAGACGCCGGUGGACCCGCACACCAAGGCGCCUUUAGCUUCGUACGAGCGCGAGAGAGCCCUGCCGUACACGGCUACGGGUCACAUGGACAACCGGGACUACGAGAAGGAGUUGGAAUAUGAGGACUCAGGCUCUGACUUCUGUGAGGAGGACUAUCAGGGGAAGGGUGGUCCUCACAGGAGGACCGACUACGGAGCGGCAGGAGGCCACUUCGACCUGAGUGAAAUCUUUUUCUCCAAUGAGGAGUACUACAGCAAGCUGGAGGAGCUGAAGAAGGCCCACCUGCGCACUAUGGCUGAGCUGGAGAGCAUGUACCAGCAAAAGCUGCAGCUCAAGUCCAUGGAGCCUUUAGACAUGACAAAGCUGGAUGUAGGGCACAGGUUGCCAUGGGCAAGUACCAGCCCAGCUGCCUCAUGCCAUCGCUUGAGGAAGUCGCACUCUGCUGUGGAGCUCAGGUGGGGCUCUGGACAGUCAGACUCUUCAGAUGAGGAGGAAGCUGUCAGUAAUGAUGUGGAGAAAGGCUUGCUUUUCUCUCCCAAAGAGCACAUCAAGAACAUGUGGAGGGACUUCAAACUGUCCCCUUAUAGUCGCCGCCUUUCCUCCUCUUCACUGCACAGCUUACCAGGAGACCAGAGGAGGUCACGAAAGAGAAAAGGAAAGAAGAGGCAGGGGAAUAAAGAUGGAGAACAGGAGCACUGGAGGCACAGAGUGACCAUCCCAAAACCUUUUCAGAUGACACUGCGUGAGGCUGAAAGGCGCAAGCAUGGCGUAAAGACACGUUCAGAGAUCGAACUGGAGAAUAGAGAGCUGCGACGGCAGCUAGAAGAACUGACAGAGUGCCAGAGGAAGUUUCGUGCCAGUCCCGUACCUGCACAUGUUCACCUCCCACUUUAUGAAGAGCUGCAGGGGCGGAACGAGGAACGACUGCGAACCAUGAGAGAGCGUCAAGAGCAGCAUAUUCGAACCAUCCAGAAGCCCUUCAGCUUCCUAGAGAGGGAGCGACUAAAGAAGGAGCAGAAACGACUACGUGACCAACAACAGUCCAGCCAGGAGAAAGUUAAACCCUUCAAGGCCAAGCCUGUGCCCAAGUCUGUGUAUGCAGCAGCAUCAGGGGAGCAGAUGAAGGAGGAGCAGCUGUAUCGCUCUAUCAAGAUACAGAUGAGAGCUCAGGAGAUGCUCCACAGUGCUUCAAUGCCUCCCAGCAUGCUCACACGACGACUCAGUGAGCGUAAGAAGGCUAAAGACGGCGGCGCUUCAGCUGGAGAGGAGGACGGCUUUUCACAUAGGCCACAAAUAAACAAAGAGGUGCCUGACUUUGAUGCCAGCUACAGACGCUUCCAGAAGCACCUGGAGAAACGGAAGGAGGUAAAGCCGACAACUGCAUGUGAACCCUUUGAGCUGAGGACAUCGCAGAUCUCCUCACACCGAGAACGCAUCUUGGCUGACAUUGACAAGGAGCAGAGCAGCCCUCGGAUGCUGCGCUGGCCACACAUCAGCCCCGGACCAGCUCGGACUCCAAACUCCAGCCUCUGCUCAUCGCUCUCAGGCAGCCUGGAGCUAAUUCCUGCCAAAGCUACAGAUGCCACAAAAAAGCGCCAUGAGGCCGUGAGAAAGGCGCUGGAGCGGAGGAAGAAAGCUGAGGAGGAGGAGGAGCGGUGGAAGGAGAGACAGAAGCAGAGGGAGAAGAGGCUGCAGAGGGUGGUUGUGAAGCGUGCCCAGGCCAACGACCCCCAUGUGGCUCUCUCACAGACCCACCAGAGCAAACUCAAAGAGUUCAGGAAACAAGACCUUCAGCGCAGGAAGGAAUACCAGCUGGAGAUCAAGGAGAUGCGGCAGAGAGUGAAGGGAAGGCCGCUGCUGUUGGAGCAGGUUGCACAGAGGAAUGCCAAACAGGCAGCGGAGAAGCGCUACGCCGAAGCCCUGCGUGGAUGUGAUGUCACGGAGGAGUUCAUCAGCAGCAGAGCAGCCAAAUCAGGGUCUGCACGCAGGGCCUCCCCGUCCAGUGACAGCAGACAAAGUGACCUCGAGGAGCUGGACAUGGGCUACGAACCUGUUCACUACAGAAAGGUCUUCCUGGAUGAUGAAGACGGGGAUGAUGAAGACGAGAGGGACGAAGGGAGAGAUGGGGAGGAGGAGAGUGACAAGGCCUCGUCAAGUCACAGAGAUGCUGAGGAUGCCAGCGGUCGCUGCACAGCCGAGGAUCACCGUGGAGACAAUCGGCACUACUCUGAUGAAAGCUACCACUACUCAGAUGAUCAUGAGAAUUACUCAGACGACAGCGAGCAUGAGGCUGAUACCAAAGAGCAGGAAGCAGGGGAGUGA